AGGGAGAGACGAGGUGUCCGGCUAGCGUAUGUUUACAUUGAAGCUGCUGACGGUCAAUGAAGAUUUGAUGGAUGAACUCGUGGCUCAGCUGGACUCUGUCCUGUCAAAAGUAAUAAGACUUUUCAGUUUUAUGGACGUCGCCAUCUUUGAAAUGACUUUGGUCACUGUCGCUACGGUUACUAGUAAGAGAAUACGGGCUUGACUCUCGUUACGCGUUUAUACGGAGAGUAUUUGAGACGCUGCUGUAAGUUGCUGUGUGAACGAGACAUUUCGAGACUCACACCUGUAAGUAAAUGCAGUUGUCAAUCCCAAAAACUGACGGUGUGAACGUGGCCAUACAUUUAACUUAAAAUUAUCACAUAACUCCAAUGUAAACAUUUUUCUUAGCGUAAAAUUAGCUAGCUAUAACAAGCUAAUUUAAAAAAGCUAACUUGCUAACAUGUUAACAAUAGCAUAGUAUAGCACUUGUUGAAUGAGUACAGCAAUAAAGCAUUUAACAUUGCUCUCAAACCAAGCUGCAUGCGCCACUCGUCACCAUGAUGGACGCUCCAAAAAAACACAUUAACAGAAACUCUUCUAAAUUAGCUUAACAAAACAUUAAUCACUACUAAAUCUCCCACUUAACAUUAAUCUUGCACAAAAACAUUAUAUAACACUUAUUUUUAGCAUUUACUCUCCCUUUCUAGUGCCAUGGGCAAAGCAUGGGAAAUAGAAACCCCACCCAGUUCCAGUUAAACUUAAGUUUGUUUAAUUAAAAAAAAAAAAGUUCAUUAAACUCAAAACAAUGAAACCGUUCAGUUUACUUAAAAUAUAUCAGUUUUGUGAUCUUGAAUGAAAAAGAAAGUGCUAAAUACUCAUAAAAGUUAAUUUGACUGAACUAAUUUGUUUAAUUUAAGUUUGUCCUACUCAAACCAAUUAAUUAUUUUGAGCAUUAGGGUUUACAGUGUGGAUACUUACCCCUGUGCUUUUACCUGUGUGGUUCCGUCUCGAACUGUCCAGUCCUCUUUCUUCAGUGAUCAUCUCGUCUUCAAACCAGCCAGCCUUCAAUCACCUCUUAUCUCCGCCUGCAAACAGAUAAGAACAGUCAUUACCCUGCCAGUAUCAUCUCAAAUAUCUACUUUCCUGGGAUGUAAACUUACCUGUUUACAUCCCGUGUGUCUUAAUAAACUCUUUGGAUUUUACCCUUGUCUGCAUUCUUCUGUUCCGUCUUCUGUUCUUCUGUUUUUUUUUUUUUAAUAUUUUACUUUUGUUUUGCUCUAUAUUGAACAAAUUAAGUAUACAAAUAUGGCAUUUAAAACAUCCCAAAAAUAAUAAAAAAAAUAUUAUGCUUUGCAGGAGAAAUAUAAAAGUGUACAGAACUAAGGAGUCUUGCAGCAAUUUGUUUGUAAUUUGGCAUUUUGAAGGCCUUUGUGAAUCUCGUUGGUUUGCUCUGUUUUUCAUGCAUUUUUACAGAUUGCUUAAAGGUCACGUGUAAUAAAUAGCUCAAAACAAGACCCAGAGUGUGACACACAGAGUCAGAAGCUAUUUACAGGCAUAUACUGUAUAUGAGAGGAAAAUUUGUGCACUGCAAUAAAAUGCACAGCAUCUUUAUGACUUAAAUUAGUGGAAAAAGUGUUGAAAAACAUAGUCUGUUUCCUUAAAGUUACUGCAAACUCAACAAACAAAUCAUAAAUAUUUAUAUUACAACUGUGGUAAAGCAUAUUUAUUUCAGAUGACCUGUUUAGAUAAAACAUCCAGGCCUUUAAAAGUUGCCGUGUGUUUAUAGCUGGUCCAUUAAUGUUUUUGCUAUUUAAAGGGUGAACUCGUUUUGCCCAGAGUAAACUUCAUCUUGUCUAUGACGAAAUUUUUUUGUUGUACAUUAUGAAAUACAGGAUAAUGGAAAUGCACAUGUUUUUCCUACUUUGGAUUUUUGCGAUGACUUAUUUUACAGACACAACAACAGCUAAAGCCAAAAAUCUUGCUUUAUAUGGCAAGGCCACACAGUCAGACCUGGUUGGAAAUCCUUCUGCGCCAUUUGGCCAUGCCAGUAAUGCUAUUGAUGGAAAUCGUGACUCACAUUAUGAACAUGGAUCCUGUACUGCUACUGAAGUGCAAGAUGACCCAUGGUGGAGGUUAGAUUUACUAGACCAGUACGUAGUGACCUCCAUAACUAUCACCAACAGAAAAGACUGCUGUCCUGAAAGACUUGAUGGAGCCGAGAUACACAUUGGAAACUCUCUGCUGAACAACGGCAACAACAAUCCAUUGGCUGCAAAGAUUUCAUCCAUUCCAGGUGGAAGAUCCCUCACUUUCAAAUGGGAAAAAGGCAUUUCAGGCCGUUACAUCAUUGUAGACAUACCUGGUCGUAAUCGGCUUCUUACUCUCUGCGAGGUUGAGGUUUACGGUUAUCCAGCUCCUGAUGGUCAAAAUGUGGCUUUAGGAGGAGUAGCUACACAGAGUUCCCUAUGGGGAAAUGGCUUUGCAUUCAAUGCUAUUGAUGGGAACAAAGAUGGUGUUUACAAUCAUGGAUCCUGUACACACACUCCAGUAGAGCUCAAUCCCUGGUGGAGACUGGACUUACUGAAAAGGCACAAAGUGUUUUCAGUGGUAAUUACAAACAUAUUAGACAGUGAUCCUACAAGAAUAAAUGGUGCAGAAAUCAGAAUUGGAAACAGUCUGGACAACAAUGGCAAUAAUAAUCCCAGGUGUGCUACAAUCUCUUCCAUUCCUGCUGGGUUUUCCACCUCUUUUGAUUGUGAUGGGAUGGAAGGACGUUACAUUAAUGUUGUUAUUCCAGGACGGAAAGAUUAUCUUAUACUGUGUGAGGUUGAAGUGUACGGAUCACCACUGGAUUGAGAAGAUAACAUAAUUUGGAAUGCUAACAAGCAGAGUAUAGAUUGUUAUUUUAAUGCUUAGUAUUUUAUUUCUUAGCUGUUAUUAUUAGGGUCCAAGCCCCGAAGGGGCUGUAGCCCCUAUUGUAAUUGUUGGUUUACUUUAUUAUUCUUCCUCCCCAAUGGGAGCAGCCCUAUCAACGGAACAUGAGAAAAUGAUGAAAUUUGGCACAAUUCUAGAGAUGGUCAUGAGUAGUGAUUGGACCAAUUUUGGAGUCUCUAGGAUCAACUCUAUAGUGCCACAUUCAACAUCUUACAUUAAGUCUCUGCCCAUUACAGUAGUGGUCAUUUUGAAAAUUACAGUAUUCAGUUUUUUUGCUACUCAUCCUUCAAAUUUUGUCUAAUUUUGUCCAAAAUUUAAUCAGAUGAUCUUUGGACUGAGCUGCACAGAAAUGACUUAACAGAUUUUUGAUAUUCACUUUCGUUCCCGAGAUAUUUGUCUCCGAAUGUGACCUUGCCUAUGUUUGUUGUCUUAUGCUAGUAAGCUUAGCAUGCUAAUUCGUUAAUAUGCUAAUCAGUUGCCAUUCUUUCUAAUGUGGCUCUUCAGCUACCAGGUUAACCAUAAGCUACAUUAUGUCAGGGUUCUGUCACUUCUGUCUAGUUUAUUUCUUGGUCUUGUGACAGAGCUCUGACACUCCCGUUUCUGUCCUGUCUUUGUGUGAGCGUGCGGUCCCGAGUUCUCAAGCCUUGCGCUCUCUUGUCUGUGUGUCUUGUUUCAUGUUGGGCGCGUGGUGUUCGGAUCCCGGCACUCAUGUCUGGUUCGGUUUCGUGUCUGGGUUCGGACACUCGCGCUCCCUGUUCUGUCUUUAUUGUGAACGCACAGUUUGUGUGUACUUUCACUCGCCGUGUGCCCUUGUCUCGUGUGUUUUGUGAAUGCCUGGUUUGUUCUUAUUGGCCAGGUGCUCUUGUGUUGUCGUGUUCUGUGUAGCACGCGGUUUGUUUACACCUGCCGCAUGCUUUCAUGUCUUGUUUUGUGUGAACACGCAGCUUAAUCACUCACGCGAAGACAGGACAGAAACGGGAGUGUCAGAGCUCUGUCACAAGACCAAGAAAUAAACUAGACAGAAGCAGUGGUGGACGAAGUACACAAAUCAAGUACUUGAGUAAAAGUACAGAUACGUGUUAUAAAAUAUUACUCAAGUGAAAGUAUUUAGUGCUCCUUUUCAAUUUUACUUGAGUGAAAGUACAAAAGUACUUGAUUUUUAAUGUAGCCUACUUAAGUAAAAAAGUACUAAUUGAUGAAUGUUUAUUUUGUAAUUUUAUAUAGGCCACUUAUAUAAUUUAAUUUUAUAUUAUGUAUUUUAUAUAAUCCUAUUGCUCAAAAUAAUUAUGUCAAAUAUACAAAACAUAAAGGUCUAAAUACAUAACUUUUUAAGAAACUGCUACAGCAGAGGGGAAGAUGAACGUGCAUGUGUUAUUUUAAUUUGUGUUAGAGUUGCACGAUUCUGGAUAAAAUGAGAAUCAAGAUUUUUUUUUUGUUUCUUUCAAAUAGAAAUCAUGAUUCUCCCAUGAUUCUGAACAGACAACUAAACAAAAUUGCGUAUAAUUAUUUACUAGAGGACAAAAUAUUAAUUGCUGCAGUACAAAAAUAUUUAAUUAAUUAAUUAAUUUAAAAAAAAAAAUGGGUUUGAAUUAAUGAUUUAAUGACUCACUUAACUACUUCACUUGUUUCAUUACUGGAUGAAUCAAUGUUUUUGAACAAAUCUUUUGAAUGAAUCAUUCAAUGUCAAAUACGGAUGAACGGUCUGAACGGAUCAUUGAAUCAGUGAUUUGUUGACUCGAGAACAGCUGGAAUACGAUCGGAGGUGAACAAAGGAACAUUAAAAAAGGUUGAUAGCAUGUUAAACAAUUUUGUUUGGAAAAAUAAAACCCAUUUUAUUAGAAAAUCAGUAUUGAUGAAUCCACUAAAACAAGGGGGGUUGGAUUUUUUAGAUUUCACUACUUUAAACAACACUUUUAAGAUUAAUUGGCUUAAAAAUUUCCUUAAUAACCCCUCCUCACUUUGGAAUAUUAUCCCUAACUAUAUUUUCUCUAAAGUUGGUGGCCUGAAUUUUCUCCUUCUUUGUAACUAUAAUAUUACAAAGAUCCCUGUCAAACUUUCUAAUUUCCAUAAACAGAUGCUCUUGGCUUGGUCCCUGAUAUACAAACACAACUUCUCUCCACACAGAUAUUACUUAUGGAACAAUAAGGACAUUCUCUACAAAAAUAAGUCACUUUUCUUUGACAACUGGUUCAAAAAUAACCUCCUGUUAGUUGGACAGCUUUUUAAUUCACAGGGCAGACUUUAUAACUAUUCAGAUUUUUUACAGAAAUAUAAAAUUCCUAUAACUACUAGUGAAUACGCUAUUGUUUUCAAUGCUAUUCCUUCUGGUGUGUCUUUUCUGUUGCAAGGUUCUACAUUUCCAUGGCCAUGUACUCACUCUUUGAACCUAGCUGACACAAUGAUCGGAAAUGUGUGCUUUUCUGUAGAGCAACAUAAAAAUAAUUCUAAAAUCAGAGCUCUCUUCCAGAGAGAGUUAAUGACAAUUCCUUAUAUAAUACCAUAUUGGAAUAAUAUUGUAGAGAAUUUACCGUGGGAGAAGGUGUGGUCCUUGUCGCAUAAGUAUCUGCUUACUAAUAAAGUAAAAGAAAUAACAUUUAAAUUAAUUCACAAAUGUUACCCGACCAAAGCCUUUCUUAAGAAAUAUAAGUCAGAUAUUGAAGUGAAUUGUUCUUUUUGUCACUCUGCUGAGGAAGAUUUCAUUCACUUGUUUUGGCAAUGUACCCACACAGAGAAAUUUUGGUCAGAUGUGUUAUUAUUUAUCCAAUCAUACUUUAUAAGUGACUUUUCUUUCUGUUUUAAAGAUGUUUUCUUUGGAUUGUUCGACUACUCUAAAGAGAAUAUAGGGAAAUAUUACAUAAUUAAUUUGUGUUUCCUAUUGGCUAAAUUUCACAUACAUAAACAAAAAUUUACUGGCUCUAAACCUCUCUUUUCUCUAUUCAGAGAUGAUCUAGACAGGUAUAUCGAAACUAUCCAAUGCUCUAUUAAUCCCAAAGCUAUGAAAACUGUUUCUCUUUAUUCAUCCUUUUUGUCCUCUUAAGGUUCACAUAGCCUAUAUUGCAUUGUUGUUGUUUUAUUACCCUAGCAACUUAUCUGUGUUUAUGUAUUUCUUUUUUUUUUUUUUUUUUACAUGUAUCUGUUUUGAUUUAAUGCUCUGAUGUUUUGUAUUGUUUAAUUAAAAAAAAAAAAAAAAAAAUGAAGCGAAAAAAAAAAAAAAAAAAAAGCUGGAAUACGAUCAAUCCAAUUCGCGAAUGAAUUGUUGAUGUGAUUUGUGAACCGAUUUAACAGGAUGAUUGAAAAGAAUCAGUUCGUGCACGAAUCGGACACCGCUUUUGCGUCUCUGAGCAUGUGACGAUUUCUUCAUUUAAAAAUAAAGAGUAACGAUAUGUUUUAUGAAAUGUAGUGGAGUAAAAAGUACGAUCUUAUGCUUUGGAAUGUAGUUAAGUAAAAAUAAAAGUUGCUCAAAAUAAAAAUACUCGAGUAAAGUACAGAUACUUGAAAAAUGUACUUAAGUACAGUAACGAAUUAAAAAUACUUCGUUACUGUCCACCACUGGACAGAAGUGACAGAACCCUGACACAUUAGCAUUAAGUUAGCUUAGCAUGCUAAUCUGGUUAACAUGCUGAGUAAAACUUUUGAUGUGCUCAUUCUCAUACUGAAAGCACUCCUCAGCAGCCUGGUGAAUGUGCAUCCUCAAGUAGCUCAAUGUGUAAACCUAGAGGCCUGUUGAGCACCUUACCUAAUGAUUGUGGGUUUGAAUCCAGGGUGGAGCAGUUUUAUGAAAUUGUGUGUUUUGAUUACUUUAUUAUCUGGGUCAGCAUUGUACUGAUCUUUAUUCCUCUUGGAUUAGAAAUGAAUGGGUUUUUUAUUCAUGCUGUGUUCGUUUUCAUUUAAACUUCUGUACAUUCUGAGUUCAUUCUCACCCGUAAUUCUGAACUGGCUGUUUUUCCUGUUUUGUUCAAUGUCUGCUGUUUUUGCUCUGAAAUGUUAUUGUACAAUACAAAUAUACGGGUGUAAAAAUGGAGAAAGCAACCCAAUCAUCUCACUGGACAGAAAUACUAAAGCCCAGACUGACCUCUAGUGGAGGGUUGACCUGCAGAAGAUGUACAAUAUCAUGGCCACAACCAAUCAAGCCCAAGAAAAUGACUGAUGGAGCUCAAGAAAAUGAUGGGAACAGCUAACCCACUGAAAUAUGCUAUCACUCGUACUCACCUGAUAAAAUGUGAUAUUCCUUUGAUCGACUGAAACUGUGCUAUAUAGUAGGCUACACUCUCUCUCUGUGUCUGCUAACCUCAUUCAAUUUCACUAGACUGUCCAUCUUUUACUCUUUUUCCAAACAGAAAAAUACAAAGAGAGCUAAUCAUAUUCUUGAGCUAAUCAUAUUGACUCUACAAAGCCAUUAUAUUAUUGUGUUAUUUUAGCUUCAUUAAUAAUCUGAAUUUCUCAAAACAAUUAUGGUUUUCUUACUCAGCUUUUAGAGGAUUCCCAGCAUUCUAGGUCAUCGUAGAUCGUAAAAUGCCGUGUAGAAGUUAAUUAGAAGCAACAUGGACAUUUUGCUACUCAUCAUUGCCACUCAGGGACUUAAUAAAAUUAGGCUGUAGUUAGACUUAGGCUAUUUAGUUAGACAUAUUUUGUUCCUCCCUUUAAUAACUAUCCACCACACUUAGCAGAAGCCCUCGUGGUCUCCAAUUAGCUUUUCUGAGAAAUAAUAAUGAGAAUAAAAUUGUAAAAAUAAUAGUGAGUUUCAGUACAUUCAUCCAAAGACUACAUUUCCCAGAAUGCAUUGUCCCGUAUGCCGGAAGGUCAACCUAUAUUCUCAUCGUCCUUUGCCGAACACGUUUCGCUUCAAGAUACAAAAGAAUGAAGCAGGAACACGGAGAUCUCGUUUUGAAAGCAUGUGGAGCAAAAUCUCUGCAGAUUGGUGCAAAGAUUCAGACUUUGUGGAGUGGUUACGGUGAAAUAUUAAGAGUUCACUUGGAGGGAUGUGACCGACCCUCUGUGGUUGUCAAACAUGUCAUGUUUCCCCAAAACCAGAAACAUCCAGGGGGCUGGAACACAGACAUAUCUCACCAGCGCAAAGUGCGGUCCUACCAAGUAGAAAGUUAUUGGUACCAAAACUACACUACAAAUGAAUGCUGCAGAGUCCCUAUUUGUCUUGCUGCCAAGGCAUUUGGUGAUGAACAGUUGAUUGUUUUAGAGGACCUUGAUGUUGCAGGAUUCCCAGUGAGAAAAACCUAUGUUAAUGAUGCCGAAAUAAAGGCCUGCCUCAGAUGGAUUGCCAACUUUCACGCUCUUUUCCUUGAUGUCGUCCCAGAAGGACUUUGGCCUAUAGGCACAUAUUGGCAUUUAGAAACAAGACCUGAAGAGCUAGAAGCCAUGUCAGAUCAAAAACUCAAAGCAGCUGCUGCAGAGAUAGACAGCACCCUCAACAACUGCCGCUUUAAGACAAUUCUGCAUGGUGAUGCAAAACUAGCAAAUUUCUGCUUCUCCAAGGACGGUUUACAGGUUGCAGCGGUUGAUUUUCAGUAUGUUGGUGGAGGGUGUGGGAUGAAGGAUGUUAUUUACUUUUUGGGCAGCUGUAUGGAUGAGAGAGAGUGUGAAAAGAGAGUGCCCGGCCUUCUGGAUCACUAUUUUUCAGAGCUACGGAAAUCCUUGGACAUGAAGACCAACUUUCAAGAGCUGGAGAAAGAAUGGCGAAGCAUGUUCGCUUUCGCUUGGACAGACUUUCAUCGCUUUCUCCUUGGAUGGAUGCCUGGACAUCACAAGAUUAAUAAGUAUAGCAAAAGACUCACUCAGGAGGUUUUAAACAAACUGAAGCAAUCUCAAUCAUCGUGAAACAUAGAGGAAGAAAGAUUUUAAUACUAAACUUACACUGGAGUUUAAUGAACCGAAAGAUUCUGAUUAUUUCAGAGCUGUCUUUAUUCUGAAUGUAAUGUAAACACUUGUUUGUGAGAUUAAAAAAAAAUACUUAUUUCUAUUUAAUUUUUGUAUUUGAUAUUAAUAUGUAAUAUUAAAGCAUUCCAACACA